GUAUGAUUCCACUUCUUAGCGGGUGCUUUAAUUAUUGUUCAACAAUAGGUAGCGCUGCACAAGACCUUAAUAUAUUUCAAAUGACCGUCCCAAAUGAUGUUGCUCUAUAUGAGCUUGCAAUCAAAGCGGGAGUUCCUAUGGAUAACAAAGUUUUUAGAAGAGUAUAUGGCUUGAUUGCACUGGGUUGCAGUCCAGAUGUCAUUUUUUCAAUGUUAAAAUAUCUCACAUCUGUGCAUUUAAACAAUUCUACAGAAUUAGUCGAUCAUAAUUCAAUAUCCAAUGUUAGUACAACUACUAGCAGGAGUACUGGACAACAUCAUCAGGUGAAUAGAUCGGAAUUCGUGGCAAGUCGAAAUUUAGAAUCACGACAAAGUUUUCGUAGUACUUUUAGCGACUGUGAUCAAUAUCUUAAUGGACAGAAUUAUGAAUUAUGUAAAAUGCUACCAAAUAAACCGAGAGUUUCACAACAUCAUCCACAUUCAAAACCAAACUUAUAACACUAUACUACGAACUAGUAUAAGUAUAUUGUGUCAAGAUUUUAUGUUUUUUACAGUCAAACUAUUUUUAAUUCAUAAUGUUGGCUUUUUUCAGAAAUUUAUUAAUGUUUAUAAAGGCUUUAUUUUGUACCUCCUACAUCAAUUAGUUUAUUCAAGAGAUCUGAUCAUAAAUAUCUCUACAAGAAAAAACGGUAUUCUCCAGAACAACAUGCGAUGCUUCGCUUCUCAUUCAAAUAAACGAGGAGAAAAGUAUUCACCUCAUUCAUUAUAACCGAACAGUUAUAAUCAACGGUCUGGCCUAAAUGUUUGUCAUAUCACGUUAUACUACGUCGACAUAACAAGCGAAAAGUAACAGGAUAGAUACCUAAAGUUAAAGUAAUAGCAGUAGUAUCAAUAACAGUAGGGAAGAUUAAGGAUCGAAAAUGUAGUCCAAAAAUAGAAUGAAUUCAUCGAAUACAAAGUCUAGACUCGAGUAAAAAAGGACGAAUGUCAUAGCAGAAUAAUAUGAGUUCAUUUGUUUCGUGGUUUCUCUUCAACUGCUUACAACCUAAAACCAUAGUAUUAAUCAUUAAAAUGAAGCAAGUGUACAUAAUCCACACCGAAAAUGUCUAGAAUAAAUUGAGUAAAUAUGUGGAGAUAGGGAAAUUUAUGGAGACGCUUAUUUAUAAGUUAGAUAUAUGAAUAUUCUAGAAGAGGAUGGAGAUGGGAUAAUUCUUGAAAUCGAAGAUAGAUAAUGUAAUAUAGACCAGCUGAGUGAAGCUCAGAAAUAAGAAUGAAGAUACUAAAAAUUUUAGUUAAAAUUUACGGGAAACAGUCCUACUUAAUCUUAAAAAAAUAAGGUUAGCAGGGCAAAACAAGAUUGGUAACUUUUUUUUGAGGAUGCAUAAAUUGCGUCUAAAUCGUUUGACUGCAACAGAUUCGGCAAGGAGUUAUGGUUUCGACUCCCUUUGUUUAUUUUAAAAGAUUGUGAAACUUGAACAUUAUGUUGAAUGUUGAGCAAAUGCAUUGUUGAAAAUUUCUUGUCCGUCAAGUCUCAAAUUUUAUAGAAUACUCAGAUGCUGAUACAAACCCUCCUUUCUGUUCUUCUGGCGUGUGUGCUUUAAAAAGUACAUGUAACUUCGUUUAAACUAGACGUUUCUGAUUGAGAUUAUGUGUACUUGUUUCGUUCUAAUGAUUAAUACUAUGGUUUUUGGUUAUAAGUAGCUGAGGAGAAUUCACGAAAUAAAUGAACUCAUGUUCUUUAUUCAAAUUUAUAAAUAAUUCAUAUAAUUGUAUGAAAAGUCUAAAAUAUUAAGUUAGAAGAAGUGAUUACACGUGUCAUUGCGACCGAUCCUGAGUGAAAUAAUUCAACAUUUUCAACCACUGGACAUAAUCUUGCUGAUCCUAAUCAAGUAAUCUCCAAUUACAAACAUGGUUCAGACCAACUGUCAGUGACUUCAUUAACUGAUGUCACGUUUCAGGUAAUCCGCCCAUAACUUCCUAAUUACUCUUACAUCAGCCAUAAUGGCUCACUAAUAGGUGGCGGU